AUGCUGGUGGCGGAAAGGGGGACCCCUGCAGUUCCUCAGAGCCAGGUUGGCAUCUCGGAGCCCGCAGAGAGACGCCAGGGGACCUUUCACCAGCAGGAGGCAGUGAGGGCCCAGCGGGAGGGCAAAAUGAACAUGGAUUUGAUGCCACAGAAUCUGCUGGACAGGGACGAAGAUGACAUUCUUCCAUAUGAAGAUGUGAAGUGGCAAGAUAGUGACCUGUCAGCUGAAGAAAGAAUAUUUUUGGAAGAGUUUCCCAACUUGAAAGAGGAGCUGGAAGUGGGCAUCAGAAAGCUCCAUGCCCUUGCAGACCACGUCAGCACAACCCACAGAACCCUCACCAAGACCAGCAUGGUGGCCAAUUCCAUCGCUGUGGUCUCAGGAGCCAUGAGCAUCCUGGGAUUGGUCCUCGCUCCGGCAGUAGCAGGAGGAAGCCUGGUACUCUUCGCUGCUGGUACAGUUUUGGGGAAAGCAGGGGAGGUCACCACCAUCUUGACCAACGUUUUGGAACACUUUCACAGUCAAGAAGCUCAAGCUUAUGUCGGUAGCCUAAUGCCCACCCGUGGCCAAGAGGUCAUGAGAGCUGGGGCAGUCUAUGUCAUGGCUGCCGGAAAGGUGGUCCAGAAUUGUGAAAGCACCAUCAAGGAUAUCCAGAGGAGCAUCCGUGCCUUUCAGAUAGUCAGGGCCCACCCGCGCCUGGCCACUGCUGCCAAGAGUCUCCUGACCACUGGCCAAGUCUCAGCCCGAAGGAGCAGGCAGGUGCAAAGAGCUUUUGAAGGUACCACCCUGGUGAUGAAAACAAACGCUCGCUUGCUGGGUACUGCAAUGGCUGGCUUCUCCCUCAGCGUGGGCUUGGCCUCCCUCCUGAAGGACUGGAAACAGCUGAAGGAGGGAGCAAAAUCAGAGCUUGCGGAAGAGCUAAGGGCGCAGGUUUGGGAGCUGGAAAGGAAGCUGACAGAAUUCACCCAGUGCUAUGAAAGCCUGCAGCAGAAGAAACUCUCCCAAGAAAAAAAGCCUGUGAGCUCCUCUUCGGAAGGAACCAUGGGGACUGUACCUCUGCCACCAGCCAGGCGUGGGAAAGCAGGAUCCCAGGGGACAGGAGAGGAUGAAGGCAAUUGA